CUUGUCGUUGUCAUGGUUAUCUCUUCAGUGACUGUUCCGAAAAAGACUUCGUCAAACAAGCUGAAGAAUUUGUUUUCAAAAAACAUAAAAAACCCGGAUGACGUUAGAGGUUUGUAACUUCUAAUGUUAUUUGAGGAUGUGAGGAAUUUCUAAAUUUUCCAAUGCUUGUCCAAAGUUAAAUAAUCCAUAGCUGAGUACUUUCAACUCCAUUAUAAAAGUAAAUCUUGAGACUCAAGUGGCAUUAGACUCUCCAUCAUGAAAUGUGAAAUAUGUUGACAUUCAACUACUCGAACAAACUGUUAAUCAUCGGGGUAUACCUUCAGCUAAGCCGACUUAUUACCAAAGAAUAUCUUGUAACACGCUGAUGAUAGUUCCGUGACAAAAUAAUCUUAGAACCUCUGAAAUCGGAGAGGUAACAUGAACCAUUUUUAUUAACUAAAAUUUAUUUAUUUAACGAAGUUUUAGUGCUGAAGUUCUCACACAAAUCAUGUAGUAAAUGAUUGUUCCUCUUUAAUGAUCAGAUGGAUUCCAAGCAAACAAAUUAAAACGUCCUACAAAUCGUUAUUUAAGUACAAACUUAAAUAAUUACAAAAAAACACCUACACAAUUGAAUUGUUCUGUUGAAUCAUCAUUAUCAUGCACACAGAAAAAUAAAAGCAGCGAACAAGUGAACGAAGAUGUGAAUAAGACAUCGAAUCAUCAUCAUCACCAACAACAACUUCAACGACAAAAAUUAAAUUCAUGUUCACUACCACGAUCAUCGUUAUCACUAUCCUCGUCUUCUUCACUUUCAUCGUUUACACUAAAAGGAUCUAGAGAUUCAAUCAAACUGAGAAAUACAGCAACAAAAUUAACUGCCACUAAUUUGUGCUCAAAAGAUACAUUGAUGAAAAAUAAUGAAAAAGAUAGUAAUAAAUCAUCCAAAAAUAACUAUGAUUUAUUGAAUGCUGAAGACAUUUUAUCAAGUGAAAUGUCCACUGUUUUCAUGAAAGAUGAUAGUGUCAAAAAGCAAACAAUCCUAUGUUAUGAACAAAUGAACUUAAAAACUUGUCCAAUCAUUGAUUCAAAUGAAAUAUGUCACUUUUUAAGUCUUCAAUAUAAUCAAAUUCAUCGAAUUGUACAUUUACACCAUCUUACAAAACUUGUUUAUUUAAAUAUAUCAAAUAAUCAAUUAACAACAAUGAAUGGUCUUGAAACUUUAUAUUCUUUACGUAUAUUAUUAUUAGGAAAUAAUCAAAUUAAACAAAUUUGUGCUCUAAACAAUCUAUAUAACCUUAAUGUACUUGAUUUAAAUCAUAAUCAAAUUCAAAUAAUUGAAAAUUUAACACAUUUAAAAAAAUUAUAUUGUUUAAAUUUAUCAUUUAAUUAUAUUACCACUGUUAAUGGUUUAUCUGGAUUAAUUUCAUUAACUGAAUUAAAUUUAAAACAUAAUAAUAUACUACUUAUUGAACCUAUUGAUAAUGUUCCAAAAUUAAUUUGGAUAUUUUUAAGUUUUAAUCAUAUUAAAAGUUGGUCACAGAUUAGUGGUCUAACCAAUUUAAAUUUAUGUGCUCAAGUUACUCUGGAUGGAAAUCCAAUUGUAUUUGAUCCAACUUAUCGGAAGAUGAUAUCAAGUGAUAAAAGAUUUUUCAAAGACAAUACAACUGUUUAUCCGUUAAAACCUAAUCCUAGUAAACCAAUCAAUAAAAUGAAUAUGGAUGAACAAGGUUUACUUAAAAGAAAUGUACCGAUUUCGUUUUUAUUAGAAAAUAAACAACAUUUUCCAGAUGAACAACAACUUACGACGACAACAACAAAUAUUAUUCAUGAACUGUUGAAUUAUUUCAAAGAAAAUGAACAGCAUGAUAGUAUACUUAGAGCAAAUUCUGUUGAUAAUUCUAUAAAUUCAUCCACCGAAAAUCUUACAGAAUUAAUGAAUCAUAAUGAUUCAACACUAUCUCGAAAUGAACAGAAUUUAGCAUAUCUUCCAAAUAACCUAUCUAAUCUAAUUCAAUCAAAUUUAUCAUUAUGGUCAAUCCAUUCGGAUCUACAGUAUUUUUCUCCUACAUCAACAAUAAAUCAAAUGAAAGAGGGUGAAGACAACUGGACAGAAGAAGUCACAAAUGUUAAUGUUGAGAUAAACAGUAGUGAUAAUAGUAAUAAUAUGGUUGGUUACAGUUCGAUUGGAACAUUGACAGAUGAAAGUAUUCUAUUUCCUUUGUUUCCAUCAACAAAAAAUAAUUUAUUAAAAUUUAAAUAUUAUCUGAAAGGAUUAACUCAUUUAGUCUUAGAAGGAAUUCCUUCUACAAUAGUAUUCAAAGUAGAUGAUGACGAUAAUGAUGAUUAUGUGCAUAAACUAUCGAAUGUCAUUGGAAACGACAGUAAAUUUGAGAAACAAACAAAUGAAUCAACAGAACAUACAAUUAAUUUUGAUUGUUUUUCUUCACUGGUCAAUCAUUUACAAUAUGUCCAAUCAAAUAAUAAUAUUAAUGAUAAUAAUAAUGCCAUUAUAUCUAAAGAUGAUGAGGAUGAGGAUAAUGAAAUUGAAAGAAAAGAAAGUAAUCAUUCAUUGAAAUUGUUAAACUUCAAUCGUAUUGUGAAGUUAACUAUUAGAAAUGUGAAUUGGAAUGAAUUUAUAAAUUGUAUAAGUAAACUACAUGAAUUACUACCACAAUUAAAGGAAUUAAAUCUUGAAAAUAAUCAACUUAAAUAUUUGCAUCAAGUUACUGAUCUAAUUGAUUUUGAAUAUUUAACUGCAUUACAUAUAACUGGUUCAAAUGGUAAUCCAAUUGUUGAACAAUCUGGUCAAUUAUGGCGUCCAUUUAUUAUAUGGAGUCUUGCUGAUUCAUUAAAUUUGACAUUUUUAGACGGUAAACUUAUUAAACCAAAUGAAGUAAAUGAAUCGAAAAACCUAUUCAGUUUGUUUUACGAGAGAAUAAAAAUGCGUAACUCCUACUGCACAACAUCAAAUCAAUCUUUUUAUAAAAGAUUAGAAACUGUCAACAAUAUAAGUAAUAUGAUGAAUAAUAAAAUUCCAAUGAGUGAUGCAAAUAUAGAUGAUUCUGGUUUAAGGUUGGUCAAUUCAAUAUCAUCACCAACAUUACCAAGAACAGUACUCAAUUCUCAUAAUAAUAACAAUAUCAAUAAUAACAACCGCAAUAUUGACGCAACAAUGGCGACAACAUCGGUACAUACUACUUCUACUCUUGUUAAUUGUAGUCGUUUUGUUGAACAACAAAAUAUAUUACUUACAAAAAAAGAACUAAACAAUGAUAAUGAGGUAACUAGAGACAAUUCAGUGGAUUCAUUAAGACGUUCAUCUUCCAAUAAAUUCAAAAUAAAUGGAAGCUCAAUAAAUGGAUUCAAACAAAAUCAAAGUAGUAUCCACAAUAUAUCUCCAGCAUUAAAACAAGUAAAUAAGUCAGAAAAUUUCGAAAAUGGAUUACAAUCAAACGAAGGAAAGUUAUCUAUACAAAAUCAACUUUUAAAAAAUUGGCCAUCUAUAUUAAAACGACUAAUUCAUCAGGCAAUAACUGACAAUCACAUUGCUACUAAUAAACUUUAAUUAGACAAACAUUCUGUGGGAUUUAUGUUAUUGUGUAUGAGUAAGUGUAUACAAUAUACCUGUUCUGUAGAACAUCUUAUUUUAUCAUACUUUUGUACAUAAAACGCAACUUAUGUUGAAUAAACUUACAACAUUUUUGUGAAAUA